CGCCUCGGGUGCGGCUCCUCCCCGGGGCCGGCGCCAGGGCCCGGCUUAAAGCGGCGCCGGAGGGGGGGCGGUGGUGGCCCCAUCGCCAGCGCCCGUCCAUGGCCCGUGACCGCGGCCCACCCGUGCUUCGGCAGCCCGCCGCCCCGCCGCGCUUCCCCGCCGAGCCCCGCGGCUGGGGCUGGUUGGGAGCAGGGCUGUGGCCGGCGCUGGUGGUGGGGCUGCUGGCCGCCCUCCUCGCCUGGCUCUGGUACGGCGGCAGCGAUGGGCGAGGCGAAGAGGGCGGCGAGGCCGAAGCGGCCCCGCUGCGAGGCGGCAGCGAGGGGCCUCCACAGGCGAGGAGCGAGGCGGCGGCGGCAGAGACAGAGGAUCUUCUGGCAAGCAGUGAGCAAGUGUUGCUGGAGGCCAAGGCUGCCGCCUUGUCCAGCCUACUGAAGCCAGAAGAUGUAGCAGCUGUGCCAAGGAAGGAGCUUAACCACGUUCAAAGUGAUGGAGAUUCAGAUAAACCUCUGGAGAUGGAGCAACUGCUCCUGAAGCAGGGUACUGCUGAUGCCAGGGAACAACACCGUGAUACAUGUGUCAGGCAGGCAGGUGACUCGAGACUCCAAGUGGGAGAGGCAAGUGAUGGAUGGUGUGUGAUGAACUUGGCAGGAGCUUCUGCUGAUGUUUGCAAGGACAGAAGCAAGGAGCAGCUGGAUCAGCCAGCUGAGAAAAGAGACUUGGACCAUGAAGAGUGGGAAGUUGUUUCUGAGCACCUAGCCUGGGAGGAGGCUGGCAAGAAUGGCAGCAUGGAAGACUCUGAUAGCAAAGAAUGGGAACAAGGAGACUGCCCUGACGGGGACUUGAAAGCAAAACAAGUUGCAGCUGUGCCCCCCAUGUUUCAGAACAUCCACGUGACUUUCCGUGUGCACUACAUCACGCACUCUGAUGCUCAGCUGAUUGGUGUUACAGGUGACCACGAGUGUCUUGGCCAGUGGCACAGCUAUGUUCCUCUCAAGUACGACAAGGAUGGCUUCUGGUCUGAAUCCAUUAGUCUGCCAGUAGACACCAAAGUAGAGUGGAAAUUUAUCUUGGUGGAGAAUGGGAAGGUCAGGCGUUGGGAAGAAUGCAAUAAUAGAACCCUAAUAACUGAAUAUGAAGAUCAAACUGCUCAUCAGUGGUGGGGAUACCAUUAGUGGGAUUUUGAAAGCUACUUAUCUAAUGGCAAACCUGCUUAGAUUUAUCAGAGACCCUAAAUUUCACCCCUUCUUCAGUAGGAGACCUCAAGUGCAAAUCCCAUCUCAAACCUGGUUAAACUCCAUAUGCAGCAGCUGUCAUCCCCUUCGUGAAAUCAUUUGGCAACCUGAAAAAUGAACUUCAAACGUGUCUGAAGAUGCACAAGGUAGGCUGUGAAGGCAUGAGCAGCAUUGCAAUCUGGACCCAGGACUUGAGUAUGUGUUGCUUUGAGUGGGGCUAUGGGAUGCACCUUUGUACUGACUGCAUAGGGCUUUUGGAGCAUGCUAGGGUUACCCACACUGUAAUAGGAACUUCAGUGUUUUAACUUAUGUAAUGUAUUAAGUAUACAAUAAACACUUUCAGACCGACAGUCCAUUACAA